AGAACGACGCGAGCCGAGCGCCUCGCUCCGGGGCACCACAGCAACCAGGACACCAGGGGGAAUUGAGCCCUGAGUCCAGGGACGCUCCCACUCCUGCAGGAUGGUUUAGUUUGGCCUUUCCAGAACUGACAUCCUUCCUUUUAUUUAUGCAUAAGCACUAAAAGAAAUCAUUUGGAGAGGCUUGUAGCAGUCACCCCCGCUUUUCCAACGGAGCUACAUGGCUUUUUGUUCGCCUCUUCUGCUCUGAGGACCGAAAGCAGGGAAGGGGGGGCGGGGGGAGAUCUCCCGAGGAGAAGGUGGAAGUGAUGCACGGCGAUAUUUCCUGCACCUGUGGAUGAGCUCAUCCCCCGGGCUGGGUGGACGCACGCAGGAGCGCUCAGUCCAACAUGCUCGGCGAGGCGCUGGGUGGAGCGUCGGCGCGUGCUGCAGGAACUGGGUCGCGAGCAGCCUGCCCUCCGCCGGCGAGGAGCUCGCGGGGAUAAGCGCGGCGGCGGUCCGCGCGGCAUGGGCGACGCGGAAGACCGGCCCUGCGCCGCGGACGAGGGGCUGCUGGCCACCUGGCGCUGGAGCCGGAGCGCCAGGGAGCAAGUGCAGCUGAAGCAGAAGAUCAGGGACCUACCUGCGCUGCUGAAGCACGGAUUGCAUCUGAGGAAGAAAAGUGCCGAGGCACAAUCAGCACCUGAUACCAUUCCCGGACAGAGCACCGAGAUUUCAAAACAGAAGGUCUGCGCAGAGAGUUUCCCCUGUGCUGGAAGAGCCCUGAGGAACGCGUUCCUGUCUCACAGCCUGUACCCUGCGAGAGACAGGAUUCACCUGGCCAGGAUUAUAAGGAGGAGCUAUGUGGGUCUGGAGCUGGUGCAGUGGCUGCUGGAGCAGUGCUUGUUCGUGCAGUGCCGGGCGGUGGCGGCCAGGGUGUGGCAGGUCCUGCUGGAGCUGGGCAUUCUGCUGUCAGUCGACCAGCACGUCGUGUUUGAGGACUCCAAUGUGUUCUACCAGUUCUCCUACGAUGAGUGCGAGCUGCAGCACUGCGAGUUCAAGAGCGAGAAGGACUGGCAGGACAGCGUCCGGCUGCUCCUGCAGCUCGUGCCCUACGUGCAGUUCCGCGUCGGAGUGAGCAGUCCUCCAGACAGAGAAGGAGAACAGAAGAAGGAACUCUGCAAUGAAAUUCUACAAAUGAAGGCACUGGAGCGCUUAACAUCAACAGUGCAGAACGAGCUGGCGGCGGCGCUUGCGAGGAAGGCGCGGAGGUCAGUUGCAGUGGCUGACGAAGAGGAGCAGGCGGGAGCGGAGGAGGCCGGGCCGGAGCAGGAGCGGAGCGGAGAGAAGCCCGCCCCUGACGAUAACGAUACGUAUCGGAGCACCCCCGCGCCCCACCCCCCCCGGCCCGAGCCAGCCUGGGCCAGCCUGGGCGGGCUCUUUCCCAGGAGCUCAUUCACCUCCCCUUGCCGGUGCCGAGUGGAACAGGAAGCGUCUGGCAGCAGCGCCAGAGAUCCCUGCAGCCCCGCGCACUUUCCCUCAGAGCUCCGUGGGGAUGCUGCUAGUCUGCUCCCGAGCGCCCGCCGCCUCGCCGCACGUGCUGUAGGAGAACGUCGAGCCGCCCCGGCGCUGCGCCCCUGCCCUGCCCGAGGCCGAGCCAUGUCCUGGGGCUGUGGAUUAAAGUAUCUCUUCACUCUGCCCCCGGCUCUCCAGACAGGGGUGGUCUGCACGCUCCACGACAAGGAGGACCUCAGCCGGCUCGAGAUGGUCCAGAGGCUGGCCAAGGACGGCUGCCGUCUCCUCCAGGUGCCGAACAGCAGAGCGCCGGACAGGCCCUGCGAGCCGCCGAGCGAGGAGACGAGCCGCGUGUGCCUGAAGGAGAGAGGCCAGGAUGUCCUGGUGCUUCAGAGGGCGUCGUCAGAGAGGCCGGCCCCCCUGGCAUCAGCAGGGGGCGGGAGGGAGGAGGAGAAGGACAGGAGGUAGCCUCUCUCUCUCUCUCCUGCACACACACACCCGCUGACUGCAGCGCUCGGCGCGCGCGGAUGGAGUGUGUCAGCUCGCAGAGGGCUGGAGCAGAGGCCACUGCAGAGGCUGUCCUGUAGCCUGCAGCAGCUCAGGCAGCGGGCGGACGCACUGGACAUGGGCAGCGCCCGGCUCCGCGCGCUGGACCUGUGCCCCGACGGCGGGCUGGUGCCGGCCGCCCUGGUGGAAGAGGAAGAGGACGAGGAGGACGAGGAGGGGUCGGAGGACAGCAGCAUCAGGGGGGCAGCCCGGCCCACCUUUGACGUGCCUUACUUCCGAUACAUCGACGAGGAGGGAGAGGAGGCGGAGGAGGAGGAGACAGAGGAGGAAGAGUGGAGCAGCAGCCGCUCCUUCUCCUCCGCCGAGGAAGACUCCACCGACUCCUCUGUUGUGUCCGACAGGUACGUGGUGGUGUCGGGCACCCCGGAGAAGAUCCUGGAGCACCUUCUGAGUGACCUGCGGCUGGACGAGGGCCAGGGCACGCCGGGCAAGGAGACGGAUCUCUGUGUCUGGAAUCCCCCCGGAGCUGGCGGCCCUGGCAGAGAGAGAAUUGAUUGCGGUCUGCAUGCCGGUGGUAGCCGAGGUGUCUCGGGGAGCCGGGGAGUCUUCAGUUCAAAAGGCGCGAAGAGCGUGAUGGUUUUGGAAAGUAAAGUGUAUUUGCACACACGAGAGUUUGAUCGAUCCUGUUGGUUGACAGGCCUCAGUAUUGAGGGCAGGAUCAUUAUCAUCAUCAUCAUCAUCAUGUCUGUAAUAAACACCUUCAUCUUCCUGCAGACCUUGUAUCGGUAUGUGCUGGAUGACCUUUACGAAUACCCAACACUUGAAAAGGAUUUGAAGGAAUUUCAGAAGCUCCUGCGAAUGCACCGCAGACACACUGUCGAUGAGUACUCCCCCCACAGAAAGAAUAAAGCCCUCUUCCACCAAUUCAGCCUUAAGGAAAACUGGCUCCAGCCCAGAGGGCCACACAGUGAGGCAAAGGAAGUGUUCUGCCGCGUGUACGUGACGACGGACUCGUACGUGAGUGUGAAGGCCAAGGCGCCCGUCUCGGCCCAGGAGCUGCUCAGGGCCGUGGCUGAGAAGAUGGAGCAGACGGAGGAAGACAUGGCGUUAAUGGUGGUGACCUUCACUGGAGAAAAGCACAUCCUCCAGCUGCACGACAGUGUGUAUUCGGAAUCGCUGCCAGAAUCUGGGCGUCUUGUUGUUUGUAGAAAAGACCUAAGUGAUAUAAUGGUGAGAGCAGUGUUUUUGCUAUUCGUGUUCAAACAAGAGCUGAUCCACUACACCUUCGGCCAGCAGGGCGGCAGCAGGGCCGCGGUGGGGCUGGAGCUCCUGCUGCAGCGAUGUGACGAGGUGCAGAUGUGGGUGAUGACCGAGAUCCUGCUGUGCACUCAGCUCUGCAAGCGCGUGCAGCUGGUCAAGAAGUUCGUCAAAAUCGCGGCUCACUGCAGGGCUCAGAGAAACCUUAACUCCUUCUUUGCCAUCAUCAUGGGGCUCAACACCGCAGCAGUCAGCCGGCUGAGCCACACCUGGGAGAAAGUACCAGGGAAAUUCAGAAAGCUAUUUUCAGAACUCGAACUGCUAACAGACCCCUCCUUAAACCACAAGGCCUACAGGGAUGCUUUCAAGAAGAUGAAACCUCCAAAAAUCCCUUUCAUGCCUCUUCUUCUGAAAGAUAUCACAUUCAUCCAUGAGGGAAAUAAAACCUUCCUAGAUAACCUCGUCAACUUUGAAAAGCUGCACAUGAUUGCAGACACUGUCCGGCUCGUAAGGCACUGCCAGACCGAUCAGUUGGGGAGCGAGGGCGGCCAGAAGGACAGCCAGGAAGUGAGGAGCUACGUCCACCACCUGCACAUCAUCGACAAUCAGCAGGCGCUCUUCGAGCUCUCCCACCGGCUGGAGCCCCGCGCGUAGCCAGCACCUGGGGGGCCGCACCUGGGGGGCCCCGCCCGCCUGCGUCUCCAGCCUGCGCGACGGGACCGGGGCAGGAGCGCCGGGCUCCUCGGAGACGCGCAGGACAGCCCCGAGCUUGUCUCCUCACCGGAAAUCGCCGGAGGACACCGGCCGGAUCACCGGGGCGAGGGUUGGAGCCGGACAUCAGCUCGCCGUGAGCAAGCACGGAGAACAGGCUUUUAACCCAGACUCGCAGUUCACCGUGCCCUUCUCCGGGAAGGUUUCACAUCGAGUUAUGUGAAUAACAUUAUGGUUUAAAACUCUUGAAAUUUCACCACAGAGGGAGGUAAUGCGAAUAUGCGCAUUUACCGAGGUUUUACUGUAAUAUACAGUUAUUUGCAAUUGUAUAAAGCUGAACUUUGACACGAGUUUCUGAAGAAACGGAGCACUGUUACUCAAGACAACAGUUAAUGGGCACAUCUGACAUGCACAUGGUUUAUACGCUUAGCUGCUGAAUCAAGGAGGGAUCAUGGUGGCAAAUUUCUGUACAGUUUGGUUGUGUUAAAUUCACAGUUGUUAGUUCUUCUAAUAUGUAACAAUGUGAAAAGAUUUUUUCUAAGAUGCCAGUAUUAAACAUUAGUUUGUUUUGCUUUUCUACGUUGCAGUACGUAAAGACAGAAAAUUGCCGGUCUCUCUUCGUGCGGGUCUGUAUGUGGAUCGCCCUGAACACAGGGGGUGUCAGGAGUAGAGUCCAGACCAGGCCCGUCUCCACGCCGCGCACUGUCGUGCAUGUUCGUGCAUGGCCAGGUCUCAGACUGCCGCCUUUGUGAUGGGUUUCCUGGCGUUUAUACUACGCUGUGAUGCUGGUCACUCACGAGGGGGCCAAGGCAUCAUCUGAAGUGUUGUGAACUGUUAUAAUGAUGCCACUAGCAACGGCAGAAGGAAAACUUUGUUAGAAAAUAUGCAGUUUAUGUCUUUUUUUAAAAAACACUUGACUCUCGCUCCUUCUUCAUGUGUUUUGUCUACUGUUUAAAGAUUUUGCUUGCAGCUGAGCGCUACAGGAAAUGAGACAUUAAUCAGUCUUUACUGCUUUCACUUUUAAUAUAAAAUUGAGGAACGUGGGAACAUCCUGCCUCCCCUUCUUUCUCAGGAAAUGCGCAUUGGAUAUACAAACCUUUUUUGCUAUGCUGUACCCUGGUCAAAAUCUUCCUGACAAAUAUCUGGGGCUGUCAGAGCACUAGAAGUUGCUCCAGUUCCUAAAAUGAUACCUUGUCUAAUUUUAGUUUCCUUCCCUGUGAUGGCAGAAUAGUUCGUCCGUGCCUAGACAUGAGACGAGCAAACAGCAGGGGAGUGGAAAGUGAUUCGCAGAUUCCAGUGCUGAAAUGUGACAGAAUGGAGCUGUGACUGAGGUGUUAGACCUCCUCGUGCAUCCCAUUGCCCUCGGGCACGUGGUGCUCUCCCUCUCUGCAGACCCAGCUGCCAUCUUCAUCCUUCCAGAGUACAGAACUGCACGUGGACAAUCGGACAGCUGCACUGAGACACCAGCCUGUUUUGGGAUUAUUUUAUUAUUGACUAUUUUGGGAUGUUUAUGAGACGAUAGAUCUCUCUAUUAUUAACAUUGAUCAGGAUGAAAACAAUAUCAGAACCUUAUUUAUUUGAUUUACUGUAAAACAUUUUACAGUAUUCAUUGCCUGUUGAAGUCAGCUUUAUUAAAGUGGAAUUUAUUUAAGCUGCUUUAUUGUAUUAUCUAGUGUUGUCAGAAACUAAUGAACAGGUUAGCUGUUGCUGAUAGAUUGUCUAGCAAUACCUCUUCAGAACUGACUCUGGCUACUCUAGAGACUGUUUUAACACUUACAAGAAACAAAAACAUGUAUAUAAGUGCAAUGGGUAUUAUUCCACACUUCAAUUUCAACUGGAACAUGGAUAGAAGGUGUACCCUCACGAUAUUAAUCCUUCUCUGAAUCAAAAUGUUUUAUUGUGAAUUUUUUCUUGUCCUCUGAUACAUUUCUUUUACAAUAUUUCAAUAUGCCGGAGCCAUAAAAGCACUAAUGUUUCAUCUGUUUAGCAGUAAAGUAUUUAAUGGACUUUCAUAAUAACAUCCUGAAAUCUUUAAUUUAUAAAAGCGCUUUGUUCACGCAACUACAGUGUAGAUUUCCUGUAAUAUGUUGUGAAUAGUGAAAGACUGGGCAUUAAAACUAUUUAUUAAUGGAGA